AUGAGGCUGAUCAACAAACUGAACGAAGCACAGGACAUCACGCUCCAACAAAUCGUCGAACAGUACAACAGUCUCGUUAACCUCAAACAGGACACUGUGCUUGUAGAGCAACCAUCGUCAGUGCAGUACGUUGCUAACAAAGGUCCAUCACAGCAACAACGUCAUCCCAGCGGAGGAAACAAACAGCAGGAUCAUCCUCGUACUCCUUGCUGGUCUUGCAGUGCAAUGCACUUCCAAAAAGAUUGUCCGAGUCGAAACCACAAAUGCAAAGAUUGUGGUAAAAUUGGACAUUCCGAGGGAUACUGCGCCUGUUUCACAUCAAUGGCGACCACCAGUGCUUCAGCGCAGAAGGCACCGUGGAAGAAGCAGUACAAGCGGAAGCAACAUCAGGGACAGACAUCGAAAAUAGUGACAGUCAAGCAUGUCACGCAAAGAAGGAAGUUCGUCUCCGUUCAUCUCAACAACAUUCCCCAUCGACUGCAAAUUGAAACGGGAUCGGACAUCACCAUCAUCUCACAUCAGGCAUGGAAGCGUAUCGGUUCUCCGGCAGUCAAACCAGCCACUUGCAAUGCAAGGACAGCGUCGGGCGAUCCGUUGCCAUUAGCGGCGGAGCUGGAGUGCAGCAUCACCAUCAAUAACGUUACGAAACAGGGGAUUGAUAUGAUGGACCUUUUUGGACUGUGGAACGAGCCAAUCACAGCGUUCUGCAACCAGAUCUGCACCACGAAGACGACAAACAUAGCAGAACUACGGUCUCGUUAUCCAGACGUCUUCAACGACAAAAUGGGGUUGUACAACAAGACAGCAGUACAACUUACGUUGAAGGGCACGCCUACACCAAUAUUUCGUGCAAAGAGACCCGUUGCGUACAUGAUGGAAGCUGUUGUUGAAGAUGAGCUGUAA